GGCGCUCCCCGGAGCCCGGAGGGGUCCCGGGAGGAGCCGGGACAGACCCCCCGGUAGGCCCUCGGGGGCCCGGCCGGUCUCUGAGGGGCGAGGCUGGGGGUGCUGAGCUCCCCGUGUCCCCUCCGACCCCCUUCGCGCGGGGGUGGAGUUGUGAGGCAGGAAGGGCCCUGGGGAGCAGCCGUGUUGGGCUUUAAGGGGUUUUGGGGUUUCGGUCCCCCACCCCCACAGCCCGCCGCCCCGCUAUAAAAGGUGUCAGGAUGCAGGCAGCCACCCACGGCCAGUCAGUCCCCUGCUGUCACCGGCACAGUGGGCUCACCAUGGCUGCCACCCUCCUCCUCCUGCUGCUGCUGGGAGCAGCAGCAGCACAGGCUACGGCCCCCCCGCCCUGCCAGGGUGACCCCAGCUCCUGGUGCUGGGACACGGCCAUGGCCAUGCGCUGUGGCUGGGAGCAGCAGUGCCAGCACCUCCAGGACAGCCUGGCCCUGGGGAAUGUGGCUGAUGAGGACAGCGUGGCUGAUGGGGACAGCGUGGCUGAUGGGGACAUGGUGGCACCGGGCAGGGGGAUCAAGUGCAGCCUGUGCACCAAGGUCCUGAAGAAGAUGCAGGCGCUGGCAGGUGACAACCCCGACAAGUCGGCGGUGAAGGCAGCUCUGCAGAAGGGCUGCCGGGCGCUGGGCCGGUCCGUGGGCAGGCGGUGCCAGCAGCUGGUGAGCAAGUACCGGGAGCAGAUCACCGAAGGGCUGCAGAACGGGGACAUGCCCCGGGACAUCUGCACUGCCAUGGGCAUCUGCCGCUCCUGAGCACAGGGUCAGUGCCCACCUGCAUCCUGAUCCUGCAUCCCCAUGCCAUACCCCAUGUCCCACACCCUGUGUCCUGCACCCCACAUCCUGAUCCUGCACCCUGCAUCCUGAACCCCAUGUCCUGCCUCCCGUAUCCCUCCUCUGUGUCCCACACUUUGUGCCCCACAUCCCUCACCCCACACCUGCCGGAGGGGUGAGAGUGUGCUUGGGGUUUCUGAACCUUCCCUGCUGCACUCUGUAGGGUGAGGGUGAGCCAGGCCACCCCCCAGAGCAUUGUGGAGCAGGGGGAGGGCUGGAGGAGCUGCUUCCACUGGCCCCUGACUCCGCCUGCUCUUUCCUUUCUCCACAGGCACAGCCCCCAGUGCCCCCAAACCCGACGCCGCUCCAGCCCCGAUGCCCCCACAGCCCAGCCAUCCCCCUCCCCCACAAUAAAGUCCCUCCUCUGGC